AUGUCUAAAUCGCUAACUCUAUCUCUCCCUUAUUCCUCCAUCUGGACAUACGACCCGCCUUCCUCCCCCGUCUUCUAUAAUGCCAAAGGCCUCAACCAAUCGCGCGGAGAAUCACUAGGCAGAGACCACGCGAAAGAGAAGAACGAUAAAGAUCGGGAACGGCAAGCAAGCAGAUCUACAUCGCAGAGCCCUUCCACCAUCCCCCGCGCGUCCAUGACGUCCGAUCCCAUCAAGACCAAGACACCUUCAGCAAAAGCCAAAGUCCUCCCCUGGGUCCAAGGCGUACACGACUCGGAAGGUUCGAUCCCAGACGGCAUGUUUGGUCCCUACAACUCGCGGCCGGCUUCUAUGGUGGAGCAGCCUACAAGUACGGCACCUAGGCAUCCGUGUGCGUACACCCCCGCCUCGAGGCCGAGUUUGCCGUUCGCUGCCAUCGCCAACAACAACAACAACAACACUGGUGCGGGCCACCAGGCGCAGAGUUUGAAGGGGCAGAGGCCGGAGAGUGAGGCGUUCAGUCGGGGGGCAGGGAUGAGGGAUCUUUCGGGUGGGCAUGUGCUGGGAGUGAAAGGGGGGGUGAGGGGGGAUGAGACGCCUGCUGGGGAGAGUGGGACGAGCCCUGGGGAGGGGACUUUUGGAAUGGAAGGCAAGCCUGGACAACGGACUCCGCCCCCGCUAUCGAAAUCACCCCUCCCACCAGCAACCACCAAACCCCCAUCCCCAUCCCCCUCCGCCUCCCCCGACUCGCCUUCCAACAAACAAGAAUACCACCCCCACAAACCACACCACCCUUACCCCUUCUCCCCCGCCGAAGCGCUCGCGAAACAGCGCUCUGCGAUGGCCGAUGCCCGUGCCGCCGCGCUCGCGCAGCUGGAGGCGGCGCAGCAUAAUGCUGAUGAGCUGCUGGAAGGCCAGAUGAGGGAGAUCUUGUCUAUGGACAUUACUGAAGGCGGCGGCGGGGGAGUCGGAGUCGGAGGUGGUGGUGGGGGGCAGAAGGGGCCGAGACAGACGUUUGACACGACCACAAGUGUGCCGUCGUUUGGACAUAUUCAUCAUCAGAAUGGGAUGCCCAUCUCUACUCGUCCAUCGCUCCAGACUGCGCCCGACGGCUUCUUCCCGCCCUUCUCCUCCCACGCCCACGCCCACGCCCACGCCCCAGCGCACACGUCAGCACCGCCAGACGUCUUUCGAAUCCCAUUCGGCGUCCCCACCGGGACGCACGUCUCGAGACCAUUGAUGGUCUUACGCGAUUCUUCCGGCGGCGGGGCUGGGGCGCUCGGGCUAGGGGGGCUUGGGGGACUGGGUGCGCUCGGUGGGCUCGCGGGAGGGCAGGGGCGGGGAGAUGAGAGGAGCGCGUAUGUUGAGACUGUGCCGGAUGUGAGUCUUUCUUAUCGCCUUGGAUUUGAGGAAGAAGCGCUCUCACCGGAACAUACGCUCAGGACGGAUGGGCGGACGGAGGGAUCGCGUUCUCGUGCUGUGAGCCCGGCGGCUGCAAGGACGGAGAGUAAUAUGCUCGACGCUGGCUAUGCUGUAAGUGGAUCUUCCUUUGUUUGGUAUUUGCCCUCGCAUUCACAAUUCCACCCCACCGAGCGUCUAUUGACAACACAAGCCACCCGAGCACCGUCUUCCCCUCUCGUACCUUCGCCCAAGCCAGCAUCGCAAGUGCCCUCCAUGGCCACCAAAACCACCGUCAGGGGGAGCAAGACUUCAAGAGCCGCUGCGAAAGAAGAAAAGAAGGCUGCGAAAGCUGCUAGCAAGGCGGGUACGGGGCGACCCCUGGCAGGUCCAGGGACCUCCGACUAUACCCAAAUCCCACCGCCUACUUCCUACGUCUCGACAUUCCCUGGCGGUAUGCUCCCUCGCAACCAGCUCCAGUCAACGCACGGGACAUCCCUCUCCAUGCCCCCUCCGUCUCAUUCUCUCCAAGUGCCCGGGUCCAACCAGACUUCGGGCGUGAGCAACGGUAACGGUAAUGGGGGUGGGAGUGGGACAGUGUAUACGGAGACGGGGGUGGGGUCGGUGCCCGUGCCGAGCUCGGGCGCGCCGCCUCCGACGUUUGCGGGUACGCAGUAUACGGCUGUGCCCAACGUCAGCCAGAUGGAGGCGCAUGAGCAUCCUCUUGUGGCGAUGAGUGCUUGGGGACCGGGCCCGGUUCUGCAAGCUCAGACGACUGGGCAAGGGCAGGGGCAGGGGCAGGGGCAGGGGCAGCAGGCGGGUGGGUAUGCGCCGAGUUUGCAGCCGCAGGGUACUGGGUAUGCUCAGAGUCAGAGUCAGGGGAUGAUGCCUUCUCGGGCUGCGGCGUCUCAACAACAACAGGUGCAGAAUGCGUUCGCGCCGAGUCAAGCGCCGCCUGCUCCUUUGCAGAGUCAAGCUACGGGGUACGCUCAGAGCCAAGCACCUCCCCAGGGUACUACGGUGUACUCGCAAGCUCCUCCUGCUUCUUUGCACCCACAAGGUACGGGGUACGCCCAGAGCCAAGUACCUCUUCAGGGUACAGCAUACUCUCAAGCGCCGCCAACGACUGUACAUCCCCAAGCAACAGGCGGCUUGCAGACUCAAGCUCCUUCGACCCAUGCGCUGACGCAAGCGCCAGGCGGGACGGUAUACACUCAAGAUCCGAGCACCAUCUUCCCCCAAGGUUUGGACUUGGACAAGCUCGCAGCCGCGUUCUACGGCCAAGUGCCAAUGAACUUUGGUCAGGCUAUCGCACCUGGUCAAGCCUACAACGCAGUGGAGGAGGACCACGAAGUCCAAGUCGACCAUUCCCCUCUCGAGUCUGGUCAGAUCGACGAAUCACUCCUCUCUCCAACACUCUCGCAGCCUUCAUCUCUACCUUCGACGACGCUGUCCAACGUCAAGCGCCUUAUCGACUCUAGUCGGUACCACGACGAGACGCUGUGCCAGCUGCUCGAUGCGGCGAGACUCAACCUCAUCGGGGGCGAGGCGAAGAAGGCUUUACAGCGAGCUGCUAGGGCGCGCGUCGUCGAGCUCAAAGAGCUGCGCGAGAGAGGGGAAGAAGAGGAGAGGGGGGGUGAGACCCCUGGGUUUGGGCAUGGGCACUCGCACUCGCACUCGCAUACAUUUGUGGCUACAGAGUAUGACGAGAGCCGUGAAAGUCGCGGGAAGGAAAGGAGUAGGGACAAGAGGAGGAGGUCGAAGAGCAGGAAAGGAAGGACGGCUAGUGGGAAGAGUGACAAGGCGAGGACGGCUGUGGCGGUUGAGGAGAAGGAGGAAGGUGCACCCGCUUGGGCUCAGGAUAUUAUGGCCCGCCUGUCUGCAUUCGACCAGCGAUUCACAGCGCUCGAAGGGCAAAAACCAACCGACCAGCCCCUUCCGCUCUCGUCCCGACGGGAAGCGUACUCGCAAGUCUCGCGAGAGGUGCCAAGCGGGUUGAUCGAUGAUCUCAUCUACAACGGUCUUCCCAGUAGCGGCUUUCCGCAGUCUGCUGCUGUCGGUUCGGCUCCCACACAGUCUCAAGCUCCUCCUUUGACGAUAGAUGGUAUCGGGGUUGGUGUUCCUCCUGGUGUAGCUCAGAGUCAGAGAGCUGCGAGCGGUGUGCCAUCGCACUACAGCCAUAAGGCUAUUCCCAGCGUAUCUGCGGGUAUCACUCCAGGCCAACCUCAGCCUUCUCAGUACGCUCCUAUCCAGGCUGCGCCCUUCCAGUAUGCUCCCACCACCCAUCAAACCGCGCCUACCCUUGCGCCUACGCAGAUGUCGCGCCAGCACCACCCAGGCGGCGCUAUGGGCGGUCCUCGAAACGCUUCGGGCGAUUUGCUCUGGGGUUCGGAGGUCGAAUUGCCCAAGAUGGGUACCAGCCCCAAGAAAGGGUCCAACGAAGGUCCGAUUAUAAAUAUCCUUGAGCCUACCGAGUCUCGGCCGGGGACUAUGGCGAGGACGGUAUCGGGAAAGUCUAUUGAGACCGAGCGGCUUCGGAACGGCGGUGGUAUGGAUGCGGUGACGAAUGAUGCUGUUUCUGAGCAUACGCUGCCUACUGCUGCUUUGCCGGACCCUAAGGAGAAGGACUUGCCUCCGCAGCCGGCUGAGAGCGAGCAGAGUCAGCCGCCGGGUUCGACGCCGACGCAUGUUGAUGCGUUGACGAAUGCUCAGAAGAGUGUUUCUGGCACGCAUCUUCCUUCUCACGCGCCGGCCGCGGUGGCUGGGACGGUACCAAGGCAGAUGAGCCCGCCUGGCGUGGGGAGUCAGUACGCGAGUAGCUGGCAGCCGGAUCAGUGGCCGCCGAGGUUGAAGACCAAGGCUCCUGGAGUGCAGCCUUCGCAGGCUCGAGGUUCGCCUUCGCAGUAUACUCAACACCCUCAAUCUUCGCACAUCUUCCAAGGCUCGCCUUCGCAAUUACCGCAGCAGGCUCAGACUUCCAAGUCUGUCCGAGGCUCUCCUCCGCCACCAGUGCCUACGCAAGCAUCCAACCUUACGCAAGUGGGGAUGCUUGAUCCGAACAUGCCAAUGUGGUCGGGUCAUGAGACUGGGCUAGGUACGGGCACUGUCGCUGGCCGACAGGGGACAAUGUACCACACGGCCAUUCAAACGCCCUCGUCCGUCCGUCCUCCGACCGCUUUUCCAACUCAAACUUCGAACCCGACCACUUUCCCCGCCCAUCUGUCAAACGCAACCAGUACUGCCCAGCCCCCACUGCUCGAGACCAUGACAAGCCUUCAAGCAGCCUCCAACAUUCUCUCAAACGACUCACCAUCUCCCUCUAGGCGAGACAUUCUCCGCAUCACCGACCCUUUGGCAAGCGGGCCGAGUGGGGGUUGGAGGCCGUGGGAUUUGUUGACGCAGAGGCUGUAUAGUUGGGCGCUGAUUAUGGAGGAGAAGAGCUUUGUGAGGGCGCUGGAGGAUAUUAGUUUGGGGAGGCAGGUGGGAGAGUUUCCGUUGAGCGUGUUUAUGAUGCUGGCAUACAAGAGAUGGGUGAGGAAGACGCUGAGCGAGAAUCCGGCUGCUCCUUGUGAUAAGCUCUUUGUCCCUCCAAAUCUUGCUAUUGCUGUCAACGCGGCGGUUCACGCGAGGCAAUACCGCGAGGCCAAAGAGAUCUUGUUGGACCUGUGGGAUUGUGUCGGGCAGAAAGAACCUCCGAGAAUUAUUGUAGCUCUUGCUCCUCUAGGAGACGAGGUUGAUGAAUGGGCUGCCCAUCGAUACGACCUAUCCAGCAAACAUCUCACCUCCUACCGCGUCUCUCACCUCGCCGACAUCAAGACCGACGGGCGUUCUUUCUGGUGGUGGGAGGUCAUUCGACAAGCCUGGCCACAAGCAAAUGUCCCUACUAUGGAAGAGUUGGAGAACCGCGGCGGACAGAGAAUCAUCAACGAACAUCGCGCCCCCGAAUACAAGCAUGAAAACUCGUUGUAUGCCGCCAACAUCAGUCGCAACCUUCUACUUGGCUAUCGCCCUGAACGAACCCACGACCUCACAAAGCAAAGAGAAGUGAUCUGGGCAGAGAUGAAGAGGUUGCUAGGGAAGAAGAGGAACGGGAGGUUGAUUGUCGAUCCGGAUGCGCCCGAGCACCUCUACGACACGUGAAGAAGUUGAGGGGGAAGAUCGAACGUGUGGAGAAGGUAUGGAAUGUGUAUAUGUGUGUUUAUGAUAUAGUGAUAGAGCUUUUAUUGUGGUAGAAAGCGAUGGGGAUCUUUAGUAAUCUUUAUGAAUAGUUUGUGUCGAAUGCAUAUCUUCUCAUUACUCUGUGA